GGUAGACUGAUUGUAAGAAAAUUUUUUAAGUUCUUAAAUUUCUAAGUUAUUUUGUUUACCGCAACAUUUUCUCAGUAUACAAACAAGGAAGCGUUCAUCUUUGUUUAACCUGUUUGGUUUUGUUAUUCUGUUAACAAAAAAAAAAAAAAGACUCAAUAAUUGCCUCUUUCCGCUCUGUUUCCGGUUAUUCUCGAGCAUUUUCUGAGUAACUUCUGGGUAACCAAACGGCACAUUAGGCACAUUAGCACUGUGGGUGUAGUUUUCCUUUUUCUUUUUACAAAAUUUCUGUAGUGAUAUAAUUAAGAAACAUUUACUUUGAUCUCUUAUGCUCUUUUUUGGGUCUGUUCUUUGAUACGAGUUUGACAAAAUUGUACCUUUCGUUUGUCCUUUUCUGCUUUUCAGUCUUUGCCUUUAUCUCUUUUGGUUCUUCUCAAGUUGGAUUUUAAAAACUUGCAAAUUUUUUACAUUCUCUCUCUCUCUCUCUCUCUCUCUCUGUGUGUUUAAAAAGUAGUCCCAGGUCCAAUCCUCCGCCCUGUUUGCUUGCUAAAAACCGAAAGGGAAAACCAAACGUUAACUGAGGUUUUUUUCUGUCGAUGAGUUUUCAAUUCAGUUAAAAUUGUUUUCCUAUAUUUUCUUGGCUGCCAAACGGAGGUUUACAGCUUUCAAUAUGGAUCUGUUGCGAAAUUUUGUCACUGAACGCAAUGAUUUCUGUCCUUAGCUCUUUAUGCGGAUCUAUGUGUCCGUGAAAUAUCAACUUUGACCUGAUAGUCGGUUCCAAUGUCGAUUUAACCUCCAACAGCUUGCACAUUUGACUCGGAUAAAAUGAGGCCUGUUUUCUGAAGAUUUGUGAAGUGGCUUGUAGUUUGACGUGUUGGAAUCUUUGCUGUUUGGCUGGUCUUUAUCGCUUGGUUGACUAUUAUUGUGAUCUCAGAAUUUCAUGUGACUUCUGGCAAAGGAGAUAGUCCCCUAUGUAUGUCUGAUGUAAUGUCAUCAUUCUCGGGCUGAGCUAAUGGGGGGUUGCGUUUCAACUAGUACUCAAAGUACUUGUAGUAGCAGGAGCAAUGGAGAGAUGGUCUCUUCCUCUUGUUUUUGCGGGCAUAAGAGAACAAGAAGAACAUUCUCUGAUCAUAUUGUUAGCCUCCAGCAUUUAACAUCCAUACCAAGCCGGAUUUUUAUGAAUGGAAAGAGCCGUACCUCUUGCAUAUUCACGCAGCAGGGCCGCAAGGGUAUAAAUCAGGAUGCCAUGAUUGUAUGGGAAGAUUUCAUGUCUGAGGAUGCGGUAUUUUGUGGUGUCUUUGAUGGACAUGGUCCACACGGCCAUCUUGUUUCACGCAAAGUGAGGGAUGCCUUGCCGAUAAAGCUAUCAUCAUUCUUGCAUUCUUGUCAGUCAAGGUGGGAUGGAUCAAAGACAACUUGUUUCAAAGGGAAUCUCAAUAAAUCCGAUGCUGGAGAUUCAGAGCAGUAUUGUUCUGCGGAGGAUAGAUUGAACUCCAUAUGGAGAGAAGCUUUUUUAAAGUCAUACAAGGCAAUGGACAAAGAGCUGAGAUCUCAUCCAAAUUUGGACUGCUUUUGUAGUGGCAGCACUGCUGUCACUUUAGUCAAACAGGGUUCAAACCUUUUUAUGGGAUAUAUUGGGGAUUCUCGAGCAAUUAUGGGAUCUAAGGACAGCAAUGAUUCCAUGGUGGCAGUCCAGUUGACUGUUGAUUUAAAACCUGAUUUGCCAAGGGAGGCAGAAAGGAUUAAACGGUGCAAGGGUAGGGUUUUUGCCUUGCAAGAUGAACCUGAAGUGUCUAGGGUAUGGUUGCCAUUUGAUGAUGCACCUGGAUUAGCAAUGGCUAGAGCAUUUGGGGAUUUCUGUUUGAAGGAAUAUGGGGUGAUCUCUAUACCUGAAGUCUCUCACCGGAUACUUACAGAGAGAGAUCAAUUCAUUGUUCUUGCUUCGGAUGGGGUAUGGGAUGUCUUGAGCAAUGAAGAGGUGGUUGAGAUAGUAUCAACGGCUCCAACCCGGUCAUCAGCUGCAAGAAUCCUGGUGGACUCAGCUGCUCGUGAAUGGAAGCUCAAAUACCCAACUUCAAAGAUGGAUGACUGUGCAGUGGUUUGUUUAUUUUUGGAUGGGAAAAUGGAUGCUGAAUCUGAUUAUGAUGAGCAAAACUUUUCUUCUGCAACCCUUCAGAGCAAUCAUUCUGGUAAUGCCAUUGAAUCAGAUGAUGGCCAGAAGUCUGAGCCAUCUUUGCAAAGGAACUUUACGGUCAGAUCAUCAGAAGAAAAUGAUACAUAUGGAAGACUGCCUGUUGACGUGGAAGGGAAUGAGGAAACAGUAGAAGCUGAAGAUCAGAAUUGGUCAGGUUUGGAAGGUGUCACCCGAGUGAACUCCCUUGUUCAACUUCCUAGAUUUUCUGAAGAGAGGCCAAACCUUGAAGUUUUGUGAUUUAUUUAAAGGUGGUAUGGGGCUGGUUCUGUUGUUUGUGUCUUGAUGUCCUUUGCACCUUGCAAAAUCAAAGAAAACUUUCUGGGUUUGUGGCAUUGUCACUAACGUUUGUGCUGUACAUUUAAAGCGACAAUGUUUGUUCUUUUGUAUUGCUGGAAAUUUAGUGGCAGAUCACUUUCAUCAAGGAAAACCUAAAUCAGCAUGCUCAAUUUUGUGCAAUAUAUAUACAAUUAUUGUA